AUGAAUAGCCAAAGAAAGAUGCCCUGGUUUUCAUUCCUCCAUCUCAUAUUCUUGAUUAUAAUCCAAUCCCCGUACAUCUCAAGUGCAAUCUCCGACGACCAAUAUUACCAGACGUGCGGCAAAACAUUCAGCUGCGGCAAAAACAUCACCGGAAUUGGAUACCCUUUCAGGGGAUUCUCCGAUCCCGAACACUGCGGCCACCCCAAUUUAAUCCUUGAUUGCAAUACUCGGAAAAAUACAACCAACAUCGAAAUCAUGGGCAUGAAAUACCGUGUCCUGGAAAUAGCACAACCCACACAGACAAUGACUAUUGCCAGGGAGGACGUGAUGGAGGAAAACUGCCCCACGGAAAUGAAGAACACAACCCUGGACUACUCCGUCUUCGAGUUCGCCACUGCUUACACGAAUAUUACUUUCUUGUACGAGUGCAUACCCGGCUGGAUUUUAACAAAUAUUUCCAAUAAUAUAUCCAGUGCCGAUCCUUUUUCUUGUGGGAAUGGCAACAGUGCGUAUGUCGUGCCUGGAAAUCGCGGCCCUGGAAGAAUUUGCAACGACAGUGUUACUGUUCCGACUCCUGGAUCUGAAUUUCCGAAUGCCACGGAACUCGUUCAAACCCUCCGACGGGGUUUUCCGGUAAGGUGGAAGAUUAAUGGUAGCCAAAAGUGCAGUGGCUGCACUGCGUCAAAGGGGCGGUGUGGGUAUGAUCUUGUCAAGAAUCAGACAGCUUGCUAUUGCCCUGGCCCACCAUUUGUUAAUGAUACUUGCCUCGUGUCUAAUAUUAAUGUGACCCAACCUCUGCCCUCACCUGUGCCCUUACCUGGGCCGUCUUCACCAGAGAACUUGCCACCUGAGACCUUACCUGGGCCGUCUUCACCUGAGACCUCACAUUCUAAGGCACCAGUAUCUAUCGGUGUUGUAGUUGGUGUAGUUGCCUUCACUAUAUUGAUCAUUAUCAUAGUCGUCUGGUACCUGAAAAGACGACGUUCGCAGACAAGACGUUCGCAGACAAGCCCUAGCCAGGUAAGCAACCAAGAUAUAGAAAAUCUUCUACUCCAGCAUGGUUCGCUCGCUCUAAAGAGAUACAAAUAUUCUGAAAUCAAGAAAAUGACCAAAUCAUUCAAUGAUAAACUUGGUCGAGGAGGAUUUGGUAGUGUCUACAAAGGUGUUUUACCCGAUGGCUCCCUUGUUGCUGUCAAGGUUUUGAUCGAGACCGAUAGCAAUGGAGAAGAAUUCAUAAAUGAAGUUGCUAGCAUUAGCAGAACUUCCCAUGUCAAUAUUGUCAAUCUCUUGGGAUUUUGCUUUGAUAAAAACAAGAGGGCUUUAGUAUACGAAUUUAUGCCCAAUAAAUCAUUAGACAAAUUCAUCAGCAGUAAAGAGUGUUCUAUUGAUUUGGAAACAUUGUACAAGAUCGCAAUUGGAGUUGCAAAAGGUUUGGAAUAUCUGCACACAGGCUGCAACACUAGGAUUGUUCAUUUCGACAUUAAGCCUCAGAACAUUCUUUUAGACGAAGAGUUAUGUCCGAAAAUAUCGGAUUUUGGGCUCGCUAAACUGUGCAAGAAGAAGCAGAGUAUAAUAUCAAUGAUUGGAGCAAGAGGCACAAUCGGGUACAUUGCUCCAGAAAUAUUCUCAAGAAAUUUUGGAGGAGCUUCUCAUAAAUCAGACGUCUAUAGCUACGGAAUGAUGAUUCUUGAAAUGGCUGGAGCGAGAAAAUUUGACGAAGUAGAGACAACUGGUCAGUCGAGUUUGAAUUAUUUUCCUGACAAAAUUUACGAGCAAGUGGUACUUGGUGUUACCAUGAAAUUAAAUGAUAAUCUCGUGAUCGAUGAUAAAGAAGAAAUAGCAAGGAAAAUGUUUUUGAUCGGAUUUUGGUGCAUUCAGACAGUUCCAUCAGAUAGGCCACAAAUGUCUAAGGUUAUUGAAAUGUUGGAAGGAAGUAUUCAAUCGAUACGAACUCCACCAAAGCCGUUCCUCUUUUCUCCUACACUAUCAGGCAAUGGAUUUUCGUCGUCGUUAUCAACAUACGUUGAGCUGGAACAUUCAGUUGAUGGUCCUAUAUAGAUAGAUAUAUGAUAAUUCAUUGUGUUGUUUCGAGAAAAUCGCAUGAUAUUGACUACUAUGUUUGAGCUUAUAUAUAUGUAAGGAAAGAAUUCAAUAAUACUUGUUUCAUCCAUAUCAUGAUAUUUUCGACGCAAAUCAUGUAAUCUGUGGAAAAUAUUUGUAUCCAAUGAUUCGGGGUAUUAUAGUCAUUGAAGACCUUUAUUGAGAAU